AUGAGUUCCAGCACUUUCUCAUAUGAUAUAAAGACCAAAGACUCGCAGCCAAUGUUCGAGUUUGGCUCGACGUAUUCGCCAAGAGUAUCUUAUCACUAUAAUCCAAAGGUGUCGAAUUAUCACUAUGGUGUUAAACAUCCUAUGAAACCAUUUAGGUUUAUGUUGACGGAUCAUUUGGUCUCGUCUUAUGGGUUGCAUAAUAUUAUGGACUUAUAUGAAACUAGAGAAGCAACUAAAGAGGAAUUGUUGCAGUUCCAUUCGGAGGAUUAUGUUGAGUUUCUUUCGAAGGUGUCUCCAGAUAAUAUAAGCAAGAUGCCAAGGGGAACAUUCGAUAAGUAUAAUAUUGGUGACGAUUGUCCAAUCUUUCAAAAUAUAUACGAGUAUUGUAAGCUAUAUGCAGGCGCAUCGCUGGAUGCAUCCAGGAAAUUGAUUAAUGAUCAGUCAGAUAUCGCAAUUAAUUGGUCAGGGGGUCUGCAUCACGCUAAGAAAAGUAAUCCAUCGGGGUUCUGCUACGUGAACGAUAUUGUUCUCGCGACUUUGAACUUAUUAAGAUACCAUCCAAGAGUUCUAUAUAUAGAUAUUGAUUUGCAUCAUGGUGAUGGUGUACAAGAAGCAUUUUACACAACGGAUAGAGUCUUUACAGUCUCUUUUCAUAAAUAUAAUGGUGAAUUUUUCCCAGGUACAGGUAAUUAUGAUGAAAUAGGUUGCGCAGAGGGAAAACAUUUUGCGAUGAAUGUGCCAUUGAAUGAUGGUAUCGAUGACGAUUCUUACAUAAAUCUUUUCAAAUCUGUCAUGGAACCAAUCAUUACUUCAUUCAAACCAACGGCUAUUAUCCAACAAUGUGGUGCAGAUUCCUUAGGACACGAUAGAUUAGGUUGCUUUAAUUUGAAUAUUAAAGCGCAUGGUGAGUGUGUUAAGUUUAUUAGAUCAUUCGGUAUUCCUAUGGUUGUCGUAGGAGGCGGUGGUUACACCCCAAGAAAUGUGUCAAGACUAUACGCUUACGAAACGGGUAUUCUGAAUAACGUGCUACUUCAAUCGGAGUUACCUGAAGACAUGCCAUUCCGUAACCAGUUUGGUCCAGAUUAUUCGCUUUAUCCGGUUCUUGAUGAUCUAUACGAAAACAUGAAUAGUAAAAAAUAUCUAGAAGACCUAAGAAUACGGUGCCUAGAACAUAUACGAUACUUACAAGGUGCACCAAGUGUCCGAAUGGAUGCUGAACUUAUUCCAACUCAGGACAUAACAGGUCUUACCGUUGAAGAAGAAGAGAUGAUAAAGGAAUUAAACCAAGACGAUGAGCAACAAAGGCUAAUGCAAAUAGAAAAGGAAAACGCUAAGUUAGGAGAAUUUAUGUAA